CUUCGACACAUGAAGUAAAAAAAAAAGUACUGCUCUGCAGUUGGUCAGCUUUUAAAAACGUUUCCAGCGAAUAUAUUUACGAUUGGAGACAGGCAGCUGGCACCUGUAGCUCUGACAAGAAGCUUACAGAACAAAGCCGUCGCAUAAAGCAAAUAAUAAACAAGUUCCAGGACACAAGCAGAAUCACGGCACAUACCCGGUGUCUCUAUGACAGCGGAAUCGAGUAAAUAUUAUGUAACAGCGUAAAGACUACAACUCCCAUCAAGCCAAUAGGCAUCCUAUUACAAACAGGGUGCCGCCUUCUCCCUUGAUCUCACGUAAGACGUCACGUCGGGUCGCUAUGGUAACUCAAUGACGUAGGAGCCUAUGACAGUGGUGAUCCGAAACCGGCUUCUUCUCCGAGGUCAGAUUGCGAAGGGGUCCGACAGAGAAGCGGACCUUUUCCAGAGGAACUCCGGUUUAUACGGUGCUUCCAGCGCCCACUGGGUCUCCAUUAUACAAGUAUGGCCGCCUCCAGUGCUACCCGCUUCUCUGGCCUGGGUGCGCGCUCCUUCAGUGACUUCGUCGGGCUCGCGACAUUCCAGGGGCUCCGGGGAUGCCGGUCGCGAGCGCACCGCCACCCAAUCAGACAUUUAGCUUCCUGUGGAAUUGUCAUGACCAGAACUUCCAAAAAGGCUGUACAAGAUAUCGGCAGUCCAUGUAUUCAACAGUGUCGCGGCUUCCUGGGCUUCACUGGGCCACUAACUAACAAGAGGAAGGAGUACUCUGAGCGCAGAAUUAUGGGGUACUCCAUGCAAGAGAUGUAUGAAGUGGUGUCUAAUGUGGAAGAAUACAAACAGUUUGUGCCCUGGUGUAAAAAAUCUUCAGUAAUUUCCAAGCGCACAGGAUAUGCCAAAGCACAGUUAGAAGUUGGCUUCCCUCCCAUAUUGGAAAGAUAUACUUCUAUACUAACUCUAGUGCGUCCACACCUUGUUAAGGCUGUCUGUACAGAUGGACGUCUCUUCAAUCACCUAGAGACCAUCUGGAGAUUUAGCCCUGGCAUCCCUGGAUACCCUCGUACCUGCACUGUAGAUUUCUCAAUCUCCUUUGAAUUCCGCUCACUGCUUCAUUCCCAGUUGGCCACGGUCUUCUUUGAUGAAGUUGUAAAGCAAAUGGUUGCCGCCUUUGAGCGGAGAGCAGGGAAUAUAUAUGGCCCAGAGACCCCAAUUCCCAGAGAGCUUAUGUUUCAUGAGAUUCACCAAACGUGAUGUGCUGCAGGGUUACAUAGUAUGGGGAGAGACAGAGAAGCAUCGUUGGCUCCAACCAGCCAAGGACACUAAGCAGUGAAUUCAUGAGCCAAACUGCCUUGUGCACUCAUUGGGACUCCAAAGCUCAGAACCACACUUUUUUUUUUUUUUAAACAUAUUUAUUUAAUUUCACAUAUAAAUGUGCUGCAAAAUAUAUGUCUAAGUUAUCAAUAGCCUCUAGUCCACAGAGCAAGGCCAGUGUGCUGCACAGUCUCAGCUCUUAUAGUUGCCAUUUUAAGAGUUUGUGUUUUUGUAUUUGUUUAUUUUUUUUUUCUUUGCUGUAUUUUAAAAAGUCUGAGAUUGAGUUGAAUGAGAGGAAAAACCCAAACACAAGGGGAAAAGACUUCAGAUGCAAUGGUAACCUUAGACAGAGGGCUGUGUUUGGAUUGACUGAUUUUUAUAUACUUUUAAUAAGAGAAGGAAUCGGUUAAUCUACCCCCAGCAGAAUCUAUUUUAAACAUCUGCCCGCUCCUUUUAAUAGAUAAAUAAGGCAGACAUCCAUGAACUGUAAGAUCGGAAGCACAAAGCAACCCAUGUAGCUGAAGGUUUGCUUACUCUUCACACUAUAGUUCGGGUUGCGGGGUCUAGGUCAGGUCCUAAAGGCAUUAGCCAAUAACAAGGUGCCGGAUUCCCUGGGUGUCGUCUUUCUGUAUUUUUAGUGUUAUGUUCCAUUCAUGUGACAUGGAUCCAGCCACUUACACACACACACUCGCACGCAAAGUAAAAUAUAAUCGUGUCCUUCCAAAAACCCCUAUGCGUUGGCUGUUCUAUGUCGCACAUGCGUAUCCAUUAUUGUUUAACUUCUGUGCAGCAUGCGAGUUAAAUAUGCUGCAGAGGAAAGAAAAGGAAAAGUAUUACGGUUAGUGGUGGAGCUAUUGCAACAUGUGACUCAAAAAUCUGUCUUUUUUUUUAGUGUAACAAUUGGAAACAUUGAGAUUUAUGGCUUGAAUGAUACAAUAUUUUUUAGGAGGAUGACCCCCAAAAAGAAAAUCAUACAUAGACUUGGAGAGAAUUAAAAUUGGACCUCUUCUCAUCAACAGUGAUUGUUUACAGAUAAUGAAGUGCAAUACUGCCCCGUCCUUCGCAUGGCUGCUUUAUGAACUGCCAAGAGACCACUGACUGGAAAUGCAUUGCGGUUCGUGAGGUUUGUGUUUCAGUGUGGUUAUAGGGAACAUAAAUCCCCUUGUUGCACUGUUGAUUCCUUAGGCAGCAAAGAGGAUACAUUCUACCAAGAACUUGCUUUUAACAAUUAGGUACAGGCAGAUAAUCUGUUAUCAUCCUAAAGACUGGAGGAGAGGUGACCACGUACUCACAUCUAAAGCCAAGAUGCUCCCUGGCACAAAGUGGGGCUAUUUCAGAAGGAAAGGUACAGUCCUGCUUCAAUAACAAGUUCUCUCAUUACCUUAAGCCUGAGUCACUGCUGUUAUUAUUAUUUUUUUUCAGCUUUAUCAAUGCAAAUGUUGCCUUCCGGUAAUACUGAGCUGUAUGGACAAAAACAGGGACUAUUAAAUACCAAUAAAAAGUUUGCAAAGGUG